CCGAUUAAUAAAAAUUAUCAUAAAUAUCUAAAAUCUCGGAUAUUGACUCUGCUAUCUUGUCUGCAGUUCAAAAGUUUGAAAUUUUACAAUUUUUCAGCAAACUUAUGAUUUAAAACAUUUUUAAUAUUGUUGAAAAUUUUUUUUAGGAGACUGUUUCCAAGUGUCUCCACUCCAGUUCUCCAGUCACUCACUUCUUGUCUUUUUCCUUCUGCUGUUUCUCCCCGUUGAAUUGAAAUUAAAUAAUAUUAAAGGAAAGAUUGAGGAUUGACUGACAAUAAAGAAGAAAUUUAUUAUUCUGAUUUGAAAGUUUCAACAGGUGGCCAUACAAAAUUCAAAAUGACUGACUCCAAAUAUUUCACCAACAAUAAAAAAGGAGAAAUAUUUGAAUUAAAAAAUGAGCUGAACAGUGACAAGAAGGAAAGAAAGAAGGAGGCAGUGAAGAAAGUUAUAGCCAGUAUGACUGUUGGCAAAGAUGUCAGUGCUCUCUUUCCAGAUGUUAUCAACUGCAUGCAGACAGACAACUUGGAGUUGAAGAAACUUGUCUAUUUGUACCUCAUGAACUAUGCCAAGAGUCAGCCAGAUAUGGCAAUUAUGGCUGUCAACACAUUUGUGAAGGAUUGUGAUGACAGCAAUCCGUUGAUCAGGGCACUGGCAGUCAGGACAAUGGGCUGCAUCAGAGUUGAUAAGAUAACAGAGUACAUGUGCGAGCCUCUACGCAAGUGUCUCAAAGAUGAGGAUCCUUAUGUUAGGAAGACAGCUGCAGUUAGCGUGGCCAAGCUGUACGACAUCAAUGCUCAACUCGUUGAAGACCAAGGGUUCCUCGAUAGUUUGAAAGAUUUGCUCUCGGAUUCUAAUCCCAUGGUGGUAGCUAAUGCAGUGGCAGCCCUCAGUGAGAUCAUGGAGACGAGUUCGACAGCAUCACAAGUCGUGGAUGUCAACACGCAAAUCAUCAACAAACUACUCACUGCUCUCAACGAAUGCACUGAAUGGGGACAGGUGUUCAUCUUGGAUGCAGUUUCGAAUUACGACCCGAAAGAUGAGAGAGAGGCCCAAAGCAUCUGCGAGCGCAUAACUCCAAGACUAGCCCAUGCUAACUCUGCUAUCGUCCUAUCUUCUGUUAAGGUAAUAAUGAAGUUGAUUGAAAUGAUGGAUCCAAACUCUGAAGUUGUGUCCAUGUUGGUCAAGAAGUUAGCUCCUCCCAUGGUCACUCUCCUAUCAGCUGAACAGGAAACUCAGUAUGUUGCCCUGAGAAACAUCAACUUGAUCGUCCAGAAGAGACCAGAUAUCCUGAAAACAGAGAUGAAGGUGUUUUUCGUGAAGUACAACGAUCCAAUUUACGUCAAGUUAGAGAAGUUGGACAUCAUGAUAAGACUGACGAACCAAUCCAACAUCGCUCAAGUGCUUGCAGAGUUGAAAGAGUAUGCAACUGAAGUUGAUGUUGACUUUGUGAGGAAAUCUGUUCGUGCCAUUGGUCGGUGUGCUAUAAAGGUGGAACAAGCAGCAGAGAGGUGUGUCAGUACGCUGCUCGACCUCAUACAAACAAAGGUCAACUAUGUUGUUCAAGAAGCCAUCGUCGUCAUUAAGGACAUAUUUCGCAAGUACCCCAACAAAUAUGAGAGCAUCAUAUCAACACUAUGCGAGAACCUCGACACACUGGAUGAACCUGAAGCAAAAGCGUCCAUGGUGUGGAUUAUAGGUGAGUACGCAGAGAGGAUAGACAAUGCAGAUGAGUUGCUGGAAGGUUUCCUGGAGGGCUUCCAAGACGAGAACACCCAAGUUCAGCUGCAGUUGUUGACUGCCAUUGUUAAGUUGUUCCUGAAAAGGCCAACAGAUACACAGGAACUUGUACAACAAGUUCUCAGUUUGGCAACGCAGGAUAGUGACAACCCUGACCUUCGCGAUAGGGGUUACAUUUACUGGCGCCUGCUUUCCACUGACCCUGCAGCUGCCAAAGAUGUUGUCCUUGCAGAAAAACCUCUCAUCUCAGAAGAAACUGAUCUGAUAGAACCAACGUUGUUGGAUGAGCUCAUUUGCCACAUUUCAAGUUUGGCAUCAGUGUACCACAAACCACCAAAUGCUUUCGUUGAGGGGAGGGCUGGUUCACUUGUCAGGAGAGUGCUUCCAAAGUCACAUGUUGCAUCAAGUGAUGCAAAUCAGGAAACAGUUGCCCAGUCACCAGCAGCUGCAACGCAAUCACAACCUCCUGUGUCUGUGGUCAUCCCUGGCGUGGUGGACUCCUUAAUUGGUGACCUGCUGGACAUGGACAUCAACCCUCCGAUGUACCACCAACAAGGGUACAACAUGCAGCAAUCAAACACACCUAUCCCACCCAGCAACGAUAUGGACUUACUCGGAGAAGGACUGGACAGUUUGCUGGGAGGUGUCCAGGGAUCUGGAUUGGAUGGGAGUGGAUCGGAGGCACUCGGUGGAUUGAGGGAUAUUUUUGGAUUGGCUCAGUCUGCUAGCUACAUUCCACCCCAAGAAGUAUGGUUGACAGCAGCCAAAGGCAAAGGCUUGGAAGUUUCUGGAACAUUCUCUAGGAAAGGUGGUCAAAUGUUCAUGGAGCUAACAUUAACAAACAAGGCACUUCAACCUCUCAUGGGGUUUGCAACACAAUUCAACAAAAACAGUUUUGCGAUAUCUCCAGCCCAACCGCUAAAUGUCACAUCGCUGAUGCCCAACCAGAGUUUGAACGUCUCCAUACUCCUGAGCGCUGUUGGACAGGUGCAGAAGAUGGAGCCACUCAACAACUUGCAGGUUGCCAUAAAGAACAACAUCAGUGUAUUUUACUUCAGCUGUCUCAUUCCAGUGCAUGUGCUGUUUGUUGAGGAUGGUGAAAUGGAGAAAAGAACCUUCCUGGCUACGUGGAAAGACAUUCCGGUUCAGAAUGAAGUGCAGUAUGAGAUUAAAAAUGUGCAACACAAUGCUGACACCGUCUCACAGAAACUGCGCAACAACAACGUCUUCACUGUGGCCAAGCGAAACGUCGAAGGUCAAGACAUGUUGUAUCAGUCCAUCAAGUUGACCAAUGGUAUCUGGGUGCUCACUGAACUCAAGAUACAACCUGGCAAUCAAAAUUUCAUGCUAUCCCUGAAGUCAAGAGCAGCUGAUGUGUACCCUGUCAUCCAACAGUCAUAUGAGACUAUAUUACACGCGUAAGUAAACGUAAACGUCCUAAUGUGUGCCCGUUGGUCUGCAACUUGCGUGAUUCGUCGCGCUAACGAGUACCCCCGUCUACGAAGAGUGACUCUUUAAAAAUGUGUUGAUAUUAAAAUGAAUGAAUGAAACCACUUGUACAGAAAAGAUCAGUCGCACCAGUCAAAUAAUAUAUUUCAUCUAUCAUAGCUUAGAUUCCGUAUUUACUAAUGUCUAGAUUGCAAACACCUCCGUUGGAUUUUUUUCUAUCAUUGCUCAUAUCACAACUACGCCAUUGUCCUAAUCAAAACGCGAAAGAAAAUUAGUUACUAUUGUUUGUCGUUGUUGUUGCCGUAGCGAUUGAUACUCUUAGAUUAAUUCCUGUGAUUGAAUCUUUGUUAUAAAUACUUUUCAAUUUUUGCUACUUGUAAUUUCGGUUACUUUGUAAUUACUACUUCAAGAACCAGACUAUUUUGUCAAAUAGCGAAUUAACUCAAUUUUGUAGAAAGUUUUGGUUAAUGAGACCUUAUGUGGUUAUUAAUCUUGGUAAGCGCUCUAUCAUAUACGUACGAUAUAUAUACUUAAAUAUAUAUUGUGUCCACCUUAAGAUUCAUGUGUUAUAGCUAAAAUAAGAUCUAGUGAGUACAGUUAAGUACGCAUUUAAAACACGAUAUUUUGUUACCCGUUAAAUAAAUGUAAUUUAUUAUU